UAAUAUUAUCGUUAUUAUUAUUAUUAUUAUUAUCUUUAAUAAUUAAAAACUUUACACAACAUAACUAAAGCUUUUCACUGAUUCAUUUAUUCAUUCAUUUCCCCUGUUUUCAGCAUUUACACUCAUGUGAUUGAUACAAGGCGAAGGCUUUUCCACUUUCUUCCCUCUCCAGCUUCCGUUCUCUCUUCCUUAGGGUUUACUAGCUUUAACAAAGGGAACUCCAUUGAUUCUGUUCUUCUGGGUCCAAAAAAAUGAAGAGGGGCAGUAAAGUAGACCUUUUUGUGCUACCCAACAGGCUCACACUGCUUCAGAUUUUCAUGGUGGUGAUGCUCUUUUACUUGCUCUUCAUGAGCUUCGAAAUCCCUCUCGCUUUCAGAGCCGGGUUGGCUUCCGAUAAUGACGCUGUUUUUCUCACCGACGCAUUGCCCAUGUCCAUGCCGCUCUUGCUUGAAGAACCGAACCAUGGGGUACAAAUUCGAGGGCCCAGGGGGUUGAAGUUGGAGAAAGUUUCCUCCUUGAGGUUCAACGGGAGCUUCUCGGAGGGUUCGGAGCUGCACAAGGUGGCGCGGCACGCAUGGGUCGCUGGGGAGAAGCUCUGGGGGGAUGUGGUCAGUGGGAAAGUGAAGAGUUUUGCAAAGGUGACGGUUGAAAACGGGUCAGACUCGUGCCCGAAUUCGGUUUCGGUUUCCGGGGCGGGGUUUCGGGGGAAAGGGGUGAUGGUGCUGCCGUGCGGACUGACGCUCUGGUCGCACGUGACGGUGGUGGGGACGCCACGGUGGGCGCAUGCGGAGAGGGACCCUAAGAUAGCGGUUGUGAGGGACGGGGAUGAGGCGGUGAUGGUGUCGCAGUUCAUGAUGGAGUUGCAGGGAUUGAAGGCUGUGGACAAAGAGGAACCGCCGAGGAUUCUGCAUUUCAAUCCGAGGCUGAGAGGGGAUUGGAGUGGGAAGCCUGUGAUUGAGCAGAAUACUUGCUACAGGAUGCAGUGGGGUUCUGCUCUCAGGUGUGAGGGGUGGAAGUCUCGAGCGGAUGAGGAAACUGUUGAUGGACAUGUAAAAUGUGAAAAGUGGAUUCGGGAUGACAACAAUCGUUCUGAAGAGUGGAAGGCAACAUGGUGGCUAAACAGAUUGAUAGGACGAAAGAAGAAGGUGACAAUUGACUGGCCAUAUCCUUUUGCAGAGGGUAAGUUAUUUGUUCUCACCAUAAGUGCUGGCUUGGAAGGUUACCAUGUUAGUGUGGAUGGAAGGCAUGUCACAUCCUUUCCCUAUCGGACGGGAUUUGCUCUUGAGGAUGCUACUGGACUAUCCAUAAAUGGGGAUGUUGAUGUGCACUCUAUAUUUGCUGCUUCCUUGCCUACAUCACAUCCUAGCUUUGCUCCACAGAUGCAUCUUGAAUUGCUUCCUCAGUGGAAAGCUCCUCCACUUCACAAUGUGAAUGUGGAUCUUUUCAUUGGUAUUCUUUCUGCUGGAAAUCAUUUUGCUGAACGGAUGGCUGUGAGGAAGUCCUGGAUGCAGCACAAACUAAUAAAAUCUUCACAUGUUGUGGCUCGAUUUUUUGUAGCCUUGCAUGCAAGGAAGGAUAUAAAUGUGGACAUAAAGAAAGAAGCAGAGUAUUUCAAUGAUAUUAUUAUAGUCCCAUACAUGGAUCAUUAUGACCUUGUUGUGUUGAAGACCAUAGCUAUCUGUGAAUACGGGAUUAAUACAGUGGCUGCAAAGUAUAUCAUGAAGUGUGAUGAUGACACAUUUGUCAGAGUGGAUUCUAUAGUAAAUGAUGUAAGACAAGCUCAAACUGAUAGAAGUCUCUACAUGGGAAAUAUGAAUUACCACCACAGGCCUCUUCGCUACGGAAAAUGGGCUGUAACUUAUGAGGAAUGGGUAGAGGAAGAGUAUCCUAUAUAUGCCAAUGGUCCAGGUUACAUAGUCUCAGCUGACAUUGCACAAUUCAUUGUAUCUGAAUUCGAGAAGCGCAAAUUAAAAUUAUUUAAAAUGGAGGAUGUGAGCAUGGGAAUGUGGGUGGAGCAGUUCAACAGCACAAGAGCAGUAGAAUAUGUGCACAACUUGAAGUUCUGUCAAUUUGGGUGUGUUGAAGAGUACUACACUGCACAUUACCAAUCACCAAGACAAAUGACAUGCAUGUGGGAAAAAUUGCAACAUCAAGGAAAACCACUAUGUUGCAACAUGAGAUGACAAAUGUGGUAGGUAUAGGUGAUGUGUACAACAAGAUCAAAAUGAAAGAAAAAUGCACAGCUAGCUAGGCAUCCAUGAUUAUAACAUAUCUCUGUAUAUAAGCACUUUUUUUUCUGAAGAGGGGUGUUUGGGGGGGUUUUGCUUGAAAAUGGUGAGGAUACUUGUGCUUGAGGUUUCCCCCUAUUUUGAUCCAUACCCCUUCACCUGAAAGAAUAGAUGGUCUAGGUAUAUCAUGGUAUAAUCUUACAUAGAGUUAACGUUUGAUGUUACUGGAUUCUGGUAAAGGAACAAACCAAGGGUUUGUAAAUUUGUAACAUGGAACAGAAUGGCGUAGAUGCAGAAUAAAUUAUUUUUCUGCUUUCACUUCA